AUGCCUGUAGAGGUCGAAGGAACGAUCGUGGUAGAGCUUCCUUUGCCUGUUCAGGUUAAAGGAAAGAUCGUAAAGGAGCGUCCUAUGCCUGCAGAGGUCAAGAAAACGAUCGUGGCGGAGCUUUCUGUGCCUGGAGAGGUCGAGGGAAAGAACGUGGUGGAGCUUCCUGUGCCUCUCGAGAUUGAGGGAAAGAUCGUGGCGGAGCUUCCUGUGCCUUUAGAAGUGAAGGGAAAGAUACUUGCGGAGCUUCAUAUACUGGCGGAGCUGCCUGUGCCUGUAGAGAUCGAGGGAAAGAUCGUGGUUGACCUGCCUGUGCCUGUAGAGGUCGAAGGGAAGAUCGUGGCAGGGCUGACUGUGCCUGCAGAGGUCGAGGCAAAGAUCGUGGCGGAGCUUCUUGUGUCUGUAGAGGUCGAGGGAACGAUUGUUGCGGAGCUUCCUGUUCCUGUAGAGGUCGACAGAAAGAUCGUGGCGAAGCUUCUUGUACCUGAAGUGGUCGAGGGAAAGAUCGUUUUGGAGCUGACUGUGCCUGUAAAGGUCGAGGGAAAGAUCGUGGCGGGGCUGAAUUUGCUUGUAAAGGUCGAGGGAAAGAUCGUGGCAGGGUUGACUGUGCCUGAAGAGGUCGAGACAAAGAUGGUGGCGGAGCUUCUUAUGCCUGUAGAGGUCGAUGGAAAGAUCGUGGCGGUGCUUCCUGUGCCAGAGGGGAUCGGGGUAGGGAUCGUGGCGGAGCUUUUGGUGUCUGUAGAGGUCGAGGAAACGAUUGUUGCGGAGCUUCCUGUGCCUCUAGAGAUCGAGGGAAAGAUCGUGGUUGAUCUAACUGUGUCUGUAGAGGUCGAGGGAAAGAUCGUGGCAGGGCUGACUGUGCCUGAAGAGGUCGAGGGAAAGAUCGUGUCGAAGCUUCCUGUACCUUUAGAGGUAAAGGGAAAUAUCGUGGAGGUGCUUUCUGUCCCUGUCGAGGUCGAGGGAAAGAUACUGGUGGAGCUUCCUGUGCCUGUAGAACUCGAGGGAAAGAUCGUGGCGGUGCUUCUUGCUCCUGUCGAGGUCGAGGGAAAGAUACUGGCGGAGCUUCCUGUGCCUGAAGAAGUCAAGGAAAUCGUGACGGAGCUUCCUAUGCCUGUAGAGGUCGAGGGAAAAAUCGUGGCGGAUCUUCCUGUGCCUUUAGGUGUCGAGGAAACGAUCGUUGCGGAGCUGCCUGUGCCUGUAAAGGACGAGGGAAAUAUUGUGGCGGGACUUACUGUGCUUGUAGAGGUCGAGGGAAAAAUCUUGGCGGGGCUGACUGUGCCUGAAGUGGUCGAUGGAAUAAUCGUGACCGAGCUUCUCAUGCCUGUAGUGGUCAAGGGAAAGGUCGUUUCGGAGCUUCCUGUGCCUGAAUAUGUCGAGGGGAUGAUAGUGGCGGAGCUUCCUGUGCCUGUAGAGAUCGGGAGAAGGAUCAUGGCGGAGCUUUUUGUGUCUGUAGAGGUCGAAGGACCAAUCAUUUCGGAGCUUCUUGAGCCUGUAGAGGUCGAGGGAAAGACCGUAGCGGAGCUUCCCUAG